GAUUGGCUCUGAAAGCGACAAAGGCGGGAAGACGAAAAUGACACAAAACCGAGCUACGAUUGGUCGAGACGACUCGAAAGGCGGGCGUCCGACCAGAAAGCUAUGCUGCGAUUGGCUUACACCCGCACUACACCGGUAGAUGUUUCGAAGACGCCGGCCGGUUCGUGUGCGUCUGCUUGCGCUCCACAAGCUCCUCGCUCGCUCUGGUUGCACACCCAAACGGAACCGUGCGUGCAGGCUGGCUGCAUGAAUAGGGUGAAAGUCGGAGGCGACUCUGGGCGGGGAGGCGACUCUGGGCGGGGGGGCACCAUGGUUCAGCAGCGGCACGCUGGCAAAUCGGCGGCUGCAGCUCACAUCAAGCGGCCCAUGAACGCCUUCAUGGUUUGGUCCAAAAUGGAGCGCAGGAAGAUCAUGCAGCAGUCGCCGGAAGUGCACAACGCCGAAAUCUCCAAGCGGCUCGGGAAGCGAUGGAAGUCUUUGGACAAGUCCGAGAAGAUUCCCUUUAUUCGCGAGGCCGAGCGGCUCCGCCUGCAGCACAUGGCCGACCACCCGGGCUACAAGUACCGACCCAAGAAAAAGAGUAAGACGGGCUCCUCGGGCGCCGGCCAGCAGCCGAACCCGAACCGACGGGCCCGUUUCGUGCUCAAGCGAGACUUCAGCGACUCGGACGACGACGAAACCGCCGCGGAAGCGGAUGAAGAUUUUUCUCGGCUGCUGUACACGCGCCAGGUCAGCGGAACCCUCUCACCGGACUCUUCGUCCUCAGCCCGGUCCCGCUCCGGCUCCAGUUCCUCGUGCUGCGGGGACGACCUGUUCCCUCUCAGCCCCGCCCCCUCGGAGCCAGCAAACCUGAGCCUCUCUCUGGUGGACAAGGAUUUGGACAAGGACUGGAGCGGAACCGAGCGGGGUCACGGCUCCCACUUUGAGUUCCCAGACCACUGCACGCCCGAACUGAGCCGGAUGAUAACCGGAGAUUUCUCUGACUUUCUCUUCACCUUCUGAGCCAACAGGGAUGGGGGG